GGUGAGCUCCAGGCUCUGGGUCUGAACAGGGCUUUUUCUGUCGCCCAUCUUGGGGGGCCACAUCUCCUGCUACUGUGCCCCCCCCUUAAACUCCUUUGCCGCCUUCUCUAGUCUAUAUUUGGGUGAUUAAUUACAUGUUUUUUUCCAUCCUACCCCCACAAACACACGCUUGCCUGUGGCCCAAAGCCCAUGGUCGCAUUCAAACACCCUCCCCCCAAAUCCUGGCCCUCUUCCCGGAGGUCCCACCCUGUUCCAACUGACACCCUCCAGCCAGCAUUGGCCCAGACUGACUGCCAGCCCCCUCCAGUCUCCUUGGUCAGUGAAAUAUUUUCUCUUAAACCUCAGACCCGACAUUUUUCCUUUACCAAAGGAUUUCAGAUGUGAUUUCCAGAACAGCACCCCCUCUGCGUACUGAUGCCGCCUUACCCCAUUCCCCAUCCUCGCUCCCCCAUUGAGCCUUUAAGUAGAAGCAGCUUGCAUGGCACCAUGCACAGUCCAGUCCAGUCCCCAAAAAUGUCCCUGGAUCUAUGUUUAGAAUCCUGAUGAGCAGUGAUUUGUAGCCUUCUUUGGGUGAGUGACCCCUUGGAAAAUCACUAGAAAGUGUGAAUUCUUUUCCCAGAAGUCGGACAAUCAGCACAGACAGUAAGAUCCCAUAGUAGAGGCUCACAGGCCGGAAUCCUGUCUGCUGAGUGCCAGAGGUUAGGAAGACUCCAGCUUCUAGUCAGGCCCAGUACUAACAAAGUGCAGCUCCACAUGCCAGUCCCCGGAGUGCUGGUUGAAAAUGCAGAUUCCUUGGCCCCACUCAUACCCGCUACUCUGCCCUGUGAGUUCUCAGCAGACCCCAAGCUGGGGUUCUAACGCACUGAUCCGGGCCUGCUCCUAACCUGCCUGGGCUCCCCAAAUGAGUGGCCCCCCAUACCCAUGUAGAACCUUUCAUAUCCAGGGCAAUGCAACCUAAAUGAAUCCAAACUUCACAAUUUAUUUUGAUUUUUAGUAAGAUGCCAUGCAUCUUUUUGCAGAGAGGGCAACAUAAACCUUUCCUCAGUUAAGUACAACAAACACUACAAAAUCCCCUUCUGGUCUACCUUCUGGCUUUUUAUAGAAGGGAAAGAAAACGGAAACCUAAACGGAGAGGGACAGGUGCCCAGGCAAAGCACGAAAGGAAAACCGGGGAAGAUGGGCCCAGAUGCGUCCCGCCCACGCACACGGAAAAAGACACACACAGACACAAACAUCCCGAGAGAAACAGACUUUCCUGGUGAAACAACCUCUCUUGGCCCUUUAGGAUUCUGCAGCUUCCAGCAGCAGCGUGCUCGCACGGUACUGGCUGGGCCCAAAUAAGGCCUUCAUGGCCACAUCCUGAUGAGACAAGUGGACGGCACAUGAAGGCCAGGCUCAGCUCCUGCCCAGAGGCUCGGUUCAGCGUCCGGGCCUUGCCUGGCCAGGGUGGAGCCGGAUCUCAGCAGUGUGCGUUUUCUCGGGCCGUCCUUUGGUUAAGUAGCCAUGACCCAGAAAGACGUGUUCCCAGAAGGUGAAUCCAAGUCUGCUUCUGUCCCGCCAAAUUAUUUCAGUCUAACAGGUGGGACCUUUCCCUGCCUGACUUAUUGCUCAGAAUUGUCCCAAGACACAAUGAGCCAUCCCUGUUUGUCUCUUUUGGGUAAGUCUGGGUGUUCAUAGACCACAUCUGCUGUCCUUAGAGCUGGGCUUGCUGUUAGCCCCACGGGUGAGGAAGCAAGAUGGUGCGAAAUAUCCUUUCCAUUCCAGAAGUGCUUGUAUUUUCAUGUACAUCAGGGUCACUAACCCAUCUUUGCCCAGAGACAAUUCUCAAUCUAAGCAAUGAAACUCAAAGGAAAAUAGAUAUCUAAUAAGGAGAAUUGGGAAUCUAGGUAAUCAUUUGAAUGGGACAGAAAGCUGCAGGCACCCAUCUGAAUUAGAUGCUAAAGAGCAAGGUCUCUUGUCUGACCUACAGACACACCCUCCAGGGCAUUUUUGCUCUGGCCCAGAACUGAACUGGACACCAUGAGGUACCUGUGGUCUUCCAGGGCCUAAGGACAUUCUGCUACAGGUCCUUAUUUAGAUGUUUCGUGGAGUCCGUGUAUUUCUGACACCCCUUAGAAGUUUCUGGAAGUUGCCAGAUCGAUCUAGUUUGGGUGGCCUUGGUACCUCACCCCGGCUGCACUGUGCAGGGAAAACCGGUACCUGCUGCGGCGAUUGCAUGGUUCUCUGUGCCAUAGACUUGGUCAAACACUGAUCUUUUAGGCUCAGAAGCGACCUUUACCAUUAGCCAGAUGUGCAUCCUGAGGAGGGAUUCUGACCUCAAACACAACCAGAAGACACCUAAUUAUUCAGUACUUUUUUUUUUGACAUGGGUUGUUUUUUGUCUCCGUUGAAUUCAACUCUUAAUAUCCGUUCUUUCAUAUCAGACAGAGUGGAAUGAUUAUUGUGGUUCUCUGAAUGUUUCUGGUUCUCUACAGAAAAUUCUCUUUAAAUAAGGUGAUGAAAAUUUACAUCGCUGUCUAAAGUACUUACCUGGGCUGUUUCUGCACUCACGGGAGCUCGCAUGUUGGAGGACACCUCUGCCCUCCCCAGGGUCUUGCCCUUCCCUAGGAUGGACCCCCACGAAACCAGGUCCUGGCAGGCCCUCUUGAGAUCCUUGAGGCUCAGGUGAGCUGUGCUUCCCCCUGCCUGGCUUGGGAAUCUGCCACUGCUCCCUGAGUCUGGCCUUAGCCUCUACCUCUUUUCCCAGCAUGACGUCCUACAGGACUUGAACCCCUGCUGCUGCCUUCCAUCCCUGUGCUGGCCUCCUCAGAGUCUACCAAGAAAUGGGAUUCAGUGACAUUUGAUGACGUGGCCCAGUACCUCACAGAAAGGGAGUGGCUGAGCCUGGACGCUGAGCAGAGGACACCGGUGUAACACAGGAAUGUGACCUGCGUGGGCGCUGAGGAGUGUGAACGGGGGGACAGGUAGAGCGGCUCUUCAGGACGAGCACCUGGCGCUCAGCCCAGGAGUCCCUGGUUUGAAUCCCGCCCGGCCCUCACCUGGGGCAGGGACACGUGGCGCUGGCGUCUGAGCCAUCCCUGAAUACACACUGAGAGUACAGGAUCUUGUCGUUCCCGAAUCUGAAAGCAUCUUGGUGAGGCAACAGCGGAGAAUGGGUGAAGACGCUCAGCCACAGGAGAUGGCGUCCACAAGCUCCCCGAUGGCCAGCACACCCAGCCCGGAGGGCAAACAGAACAGAGACUCCAAGGGGAGUGGGGGCAGCCUCCAGAACCUGCCUAUGGAACAUCACUUUGCAUGCAAAGAGUGUGGGGACGCCUUUCGGCUCAAGGUCCUCCUUGUGCAGCACCAGAGAAUUCAUAGUGAGGAGAAGGGCUGGGAGUGUGGAGAUUGCGGGAAGGUCUUCAGGGGUGUCUCUGAGUUCAACGAGCACCGGAAGAGCCACGUGGCCGCAGAGCCCCAGCCGGGGCCCAGCCGAGCCCUGGAAGACGCCAUGGAGGAAAGGGAGCAAAUGGAGAGGGAGGCGAAGCCCUUCGAGUGUGACGAGUGUGGGAAAAGGUUCAAGAAGAAUGCGGGCCUCAGCCAGCACCUGCGCGUCCACAGCAGAGAGAAACCAUAUGAGUGCGAGGAGUGCGGGCGAUCCUUCAAGGUGAGCACCCACCUCUUUCGCCAUCAGAGGCUCCACGCUUCCGAAAAGCCGUUCGCCUGCAGGGUGUGCGGCAGGGAGUUCCUGGAUCGCCAGGAGCUCCUCAAGCACCAGCGUGUGCACACGGGCCACUUGCCCUUCGACUGCGACGACUGCGGCAAGUCCUUCAGGGGCGUCAACGGCCUGGCCGAACACCAGCGCAUCCACAGUGGGGCCAAGCCGUACGGGUGUCCCCACUGCGGCAAGCUCUUCCGACGGAGCUCGGAGCUCACCAAGCACCGCCGGAUCCACACAGGCGAGAAGCCCUACGAGUGUGGCCAGUGCGGGAAGGCCUUCCGGCAGAGCUCCAGCCUCCUGGAGCACCAGCGCAUCCACACCGGGGAGCGGCCUUAUGGCUGUGGCGACUGCGGCAAGGCCUUCCGGGGGCCAUCCGACCUGAUCAAGCACCGGCGGAUCCACAGUGGACUGAAACCCUACGAAUGUGACAAAUGCGGGAAGGCCUUCCGGCGGAGCUCCGGCCUGAGUCGCCAUCGGAGGACCCACAGCGGAGCAAGGCGCUGUGAGUGCAGCGAGUGUGGCCGCGUGUUCAAGAGGCGCUCGGCGCUGCAGAAGCAUCAGCCGACCCACCAUGACUAGAUGAGGCCCUAAGGCCAACAGCCCUGUGGCUGGCAGCGGCUUCCCACAGGGGAUGAGUCCCCAGAGUGGAGGGCAGAGUCAAAGGAGAUGAACAGUUUUGUAGGGCUUAUGUAUGUUCUCGUCCAGAAGGUUGAAACCGAUUUAUACCGUCACCAGCAAUUUAUAAGUGCACACGUUUCCCAUUUUGCCUAUGGAGAGUUGCUUCUACGACAUUCUAAUUUAUUUUGACUAGUUUAACUGCCAGGAAGUACCGCAAGGUAUUUUACAUCCACGGGCCUUGAAACAGGAAGAGCGGAGAAGAGAAACCUGCUGGUGGGGGUGGAGGGGCCCGCAGGUCCUCUUCUCCAGGCCGCUCCCUUAGGAGCGACUCAGUGAUGGCCUCGGUGUGACAUGAGCCCAGCUGUCUUGGAGAGAACAUAGCCCCAGAGUCGUUUGGCCUACUUGAAUUUAUAAAUUUUUAGGGAUGUAAAUAGAAUACUCAAAUGUCUUAUAAUAUUUAAUUUAUUAAUUCAAUUAUGCAUACAUAUUGUAAAUCACAUACUACAUAGAAUAAUAUAUUAAUUUAGAAAAGUCACCUGUUUUUCCUCACUGCGUUCCACAAGAUCAUUUUAUCCUAAAGCCUCACAUGCAACUCUGACCUCACCAUCUUCCCCAGCCUCGCAGCCCCCUCUUGAGUCAUCCGACAGUUUCAAAGCACAUCCAGUGGCUUCAACUCAUCCAAGCUGUGUGCCGUGUAGCACUGUGACAAUCCCUGCACAAAGCUCUCGCUAGAAGUUUCCUCCCGAGCCAUAAGUACCUGUUCAUAUAACGUUCGGACAAUUGUUUUUUCCUUCAAUUUGUCCGGGAGCCCUGCAACAUAACCACUUGUUGUGUUUGCUUUUUCCAGUGACCUUUAAGAGACUUUUUUGAAGCCUCUGUAACUUGUCAUUGUGAGGCCAUACUCUUAGGAAUAAGUACUGAAUCUGGGUUAAAUUUCUUUUGCAUCCAUUUUUCUUGAACCAGUUCAUUCCGGUGACUUCCACGUGUGUCCAAAACUAGCAUCGGUUGGUGUCUGUUCCAGGCUAAUAGGUCUUGUCCUCAAGCAGUACUGUUUUCUUCAGAAUUAAAUAGCUGAGGGCAGCCCCGUAACAGGGACAUCUCCAGGACUCAAGUGUAAGGUGACGGCCUCUUGUUUGGGAAUGGUAGCCUCUCCUGCAGAGCCAGCCCUCUGUUUCGGGCUCUGUAAAACAGGGGUGAUCCCAGGACUGUCCCUCGCGGGGACUGGGAUGGCCCGAAGGCACGCGCUGAGUGGAGGUCAUCUCCUGUCAUCGCCAUAAGUAUUGCCGUCAUCCUAUGGCUCGUUAGUGCCAGAACUGGGGAUGGACCCAGGCCUCCUGACUCGUAGUCUCCUCUUCUUUCUCUCGUGCAAUGACUUAAAUACUGUUCCUGUUUCCUUGCAUGCAAACCGUACGUUCAUCUCCUUUGACCAGUUAUCAAGUUACCUUUGGACAUAUUGACUUUAUACAGCAGUCCUUUCUAUAUCGAUUGUGAUGAUCUCUUUUCCAGUUUUAUUGCUUUGCUCUUUGGAGCAGUUUUAUUACAUUUUUGUUGUGCGAGCUCUUAUUUUUACAUAUCCGGGCAUUCACCGUUGUCCGUGAAGCCGUAACUUUCAUUGCUCCAGUGGUUAGAUAUGAUGUUUUCUUCUAGAAUUUUAAUCACAAGUGAAAAGUUGAAAGCCCUGCCCCACCAGAAGGUGGAUGCCCCAGGUGGGCAGGCUGGAUGGGAAUGGGCCACAGAAGCAGGCUCUCUCCUCAUCCACGAUGCGGACUCUGCAUGUCUGUGGGCAGUACUUGACUAUCCAACCUGGCCACUCAGACACGAAAGAGAAACUUCCAUCUCGGAUUGGCCAGAACAUUCUGACUGUUCCUCAGUAUAGCCCUACCUGGCAGCAGCAGGGCUGGGCCUCAACUAGAUCAAUGGGGCGGUCCAAAUGUGGUCUUGGCUGCAGCUGGCUGUCCUCCAAGCUCCUGGGAGCUUUGGCCAUGCCCGGCAUGGAUUCAGUGCCUGAGCAACAGACUCCCCCGAGACACAUCUCCUCAAACACCAGAAGACUCACUUGACCGAUGCUGUCAUGUGGAUUGCAUCCUCCUCCUAGAGAGUGACUCUGGAACUAGAAAGAAGUCAGUUUGGUGGCUUUCGGUUUGGGCAACUAGGGGGAAAUUCACCCACAUGUUCUGAUGUUACCUCCCACAGCCACGCCCGCGGAGCGACAGAGCCAAGGCUCGCAGAGGAGCGGUACCCCUCCGAUGCCCGGUGUGGCAUUGUUAUAGAAGUCGGCCACCAUAGGUCUGGGCUGUGACUUGCAGCAGCCAUGCCCAGGAGGCACGAUAAAACAAGGGUUUGGAGGGCACCGAUGCCCUUCUGAUGGCCCGUGUGGCAUAGAAAUAGAAGUUGGUCAUCCGGGGCCAGGUUAUGACUUCCGACAGCCUCCCCCCAGGAGGAACAGCAGCAAGGCCUGGCCAGAAACGUGGCCCCCGGUGGCCUGCAGAACCCGCAGGUAGAAACCAGCCAUGCUGGGGCCGUGCUGUGACUUCCCAGCAGCCCUGCUUCGGUGGGGGGGGGCCUCACGAGGGCCCUCGGAGGAAGCGCACGCUUCUGACGGGCCUGCCGAGGCUGAGGCACAGCUUCUCGGCAGGCCCCCAUCCUGGGAAGCAGGGUCCCGUGGUGACCCCUGUGACCUCAGCCCGAAGGUCCUCUGGAAUGGCUCCCCCCCACCCCAGGCCACAACAGUGGCUCUCCGUGAAGUCUCCACCCUGACCCUCAGGCUGGAGAGAAGCCAACGGCACUUACUCUGUGGGCUUCAGUUCUCGCGGUAGUUGUGAAACUGUGUCUGCAAUCACCGCUUCCUUCGGCAUCAGUUUUCUCUUUUGAAGCUGUCAGGACAUGUUUGACACCACUGUCAUUUGGGAAGGAAUUUGACAUUCACAGGGGGCAAGUCUGGCAGCUUUUGCUGGAAGUGCUCUGCCAUUUCUUGCUUGCUCACUAGCCAUCUGUCAGGUUUUAUGAAGGAUCCAGAUACAGUAUUAACUCAGAACCUAGCGUCGUCACUGCUCCCUUUCUCCCCAGCCAGGACAUGGCAUCUUGGCAUCCUGGCCGCCUGUACUGCCCUCCUUGACACUUUUUCCAUUCUCCAUUCUGUAGUUUUCUCCCAAACCCUCUUCUAGAGUUAACACUAAAGACCGCAUCUUUGUCACUGUGUUUGCGGGUGAAGUCUGUGCUCUGUGCGGCGCAAGCAGUCUGUGGCUUUAACGUGUGUCCUGUAGUUGCGCCAAGUUCCGUUUUUGCCUCCAGUAACCUGGGGGAGGAUUUCCUUGGCUUCUGUGGGUUUACUGCUAUGUCAGAUGCAAAAUGUGAUCAAGCUUCCUAUUGUGUGGGCUCGUCUAUGCAUUUGUGUAUCUACCUCAUUUCGUUUUUUCUUUCUAAUCACACGUCUUUCUUUUGCAAGGGAAAUGCAGAGCAGUUGGGUUACAUAGAAUGCCGACUCGAGUUAGAAAUACAUCCUUUUCUUAUAUUCUGAAAGAAACCUUCCAGUGCUUUUAUUACAGUUUUGAAUACUUGCUGAAAUUGUUAAAUGAAAGUUCCUGUUUACCAUUUUUGCUGCUUAUUAAGAUUAACUGUGUUGAUUAGUUGUGUCGUACCCACUUCUGCAUUUCCAGAAUGAGCCCCCCCCCCGUCACAGAGGGUACCUUUCUCUCACAGUGGUGGCAUUCCACGUGCUCUGGGCUUCAGCCCUGUGACCGUCACUCCCCCUUCCAGGCCACACUAAUUAAACCAGAACUGGACACGUGACUCAAGGGCAGCAGCUGGUCCUCAGGGCUGGCUGGAGACGACGGGCUGAGCCCUGCGGGUUCUCCGUCUGUGAAGUGCGAAUGAGAAAAAGGAGAGAAGCUUCUCGGUGGUGUUGGAAGGAAGAGGGAGCCAUGAGGUAGAAGAGUUGAUCUGAUGGAUGGCACCAACUUGAAGAUCUCUGAGCUCCUGCUGAGCACUUCUGAGAUGCCUCAAAUCCAGCACCCUGCAGGGGUCCAGGCCCCGUUUUGUUCUUGGAUUGCUGGCAGCCGCCCUCACCGGUUCAUUUGUGUCCCCCCCCCAUACACUCCCCUGGACUGAGGCAGCCUGAGUGGGUCUCUGCUUUUUGCAAUCUAUCAAGAGUCAAUUGCCUUUUACCACUUGGCUGCUUCCUGAGAAGUAUCACGUGGCUGGUUUUCCUCAUGUUCUGCCCGACUCGGGUUCCUGGCCGAGUCCCACCUGACUGUCGUAGACGCCUGUUUAAAUGUGGUACUCUGUUCACUCAGACGGGGAAAACCUAUGCCUUUUAGUCUCGGUGAGUUUGACCAGUGUCUCUGUCCAGGUGUUCCUGUACGGACCCCAUGUGUGUCCCCUGAAAUGAGUUAGGUCAAUACCCACCCUGUUCUUUAUUUUGGAAGUGUCUCGCUACUUCCAGAAAUUUCUCUAUUACUAGUAUACUUACAUUUUGUGCUUCUUUACAUGGUAUCAGUUUAGCUGUUUAUUUUGGAAACUAGCAAUGCUCUCUUUUAACUUGGCAUUUAAUGUUAUUUGCAUAUGUAAAAACAGUAACUGUCCGCUCCAGUCCACGUUUCAUUUGUUGGCGCUUUUUUCUCCUCCCUCCUUGAUCUCCUUAACCUGUCUGUUUUAUGGCACUUACUAUAAUCGGCCUUGCACUAGAGCUUCGCCCUCCCCACCCCCCCCCAACCCGUUAGAUUGUGAGCUCUUGUAAGACAGGGUGACCCUUCAUGUCUGAUUCCCCAACCAGAUCUAGCACAGUGCCUUGCAUCAAGUAGAUUUCAAUAAAUAUAUGUUAAGUGGCA